AUGAGGCCGUCGUCGGCGCGGGGGCAGGACUUCGAGGCGCUGGCGCGGCGCCGGUCGGUGGCGGCAUGGAUCGAGAAGAUGACGGGUGUGCCGCUGCCCACGGCCAACGACUACUCGUUCCGGUCGUCGCUCAAGGACGGCGUGCUGCUCUGCCGUGUUAUGAACAAGCUAUCGCCGUACAGCAUAGCCAAGGUUUGCGAGGGGUCUGAUGAUGAGCAGGGCUUCAUUGAGAACAUCGAUAAUUUCCUCAUGUCCGCCGAGAAGUAUGGUGUGCCGAACGAGAUACUAUUUGCUCCAGAAGAGAUCACUGAGGGAGAAUGGGAGGAUCGGCCUCGUGUCGCAGAGUGUCUCUACCACCUGGAGCGUUACGCUGCAGAGCAUGUGGGGUACCAAGACGAUGGUCCGCUGGCAGCCGAUCGGCCUUACAGCUCGUAUGAGAGCGGGAGCAGCGAAGUCUCGCUUAAUCCGUAUGAGCAGCUGGCGGCGAUGGCCGGAGGGCCAGAGAGCCUGCGCAGCCUUGCGGAGCUGGCGCCAGGGAUGGAUGGGGGUUUCAUGGAUGGUGCAAAGACCAAGGGGAUCGGCAAGCUUAUGGAGCAGUGCAGCUCGCUUCUGAGGGACAGGACUUUUGGGGAGGGGAUCACUUCACCAACGUCUGCUCGUCGCACGGCGUCGCCCCACCCCAGCCAGUUGUCUCAUGCUCCUGCUGCCCAGGUUGGCGAGGGUGGAGCCCUCCGCUCUCUGGAGGGCAUGCUUAAGCAGGUGCUGGAAGGCAUCACUACGGCUCAGGAGAAGCAGGGCCGUUCGGAGGUGGAACAGAUGGAGAAGUACACCAGGUCGCUUGAGCAGCAGAUCGAACUGCUGCAAAAUCAGCAGCCCGUUUACGACCCUGGGUACGUGCCAGAGGAGUUUGAGAUGAUCCAGAGGACGGCGGAGGACUUGUCCAUCAAGUUGGAAGAGUACGAGAUAAGGCUGGAGCACGAGCACAAGGAAAAGACGAGGCUGCAGAUGCAGCUGGAGGAGCUCCGUGGAAAGGUUGAUUCUGUGGCCAACAUCAAUGAGAAGUAUGCGCAAAUCCAGGAGGAGAAUCGCAAGCUGUACAAUUUGGUCCAGGAUUUGCGAGGUAACAUCAGGGUGUUUUGCCGAUGUCGGCCUAUGGGCAUCACUGGCGAUCAGACAGAGUGCUGCGUAGAGUUCGGUGAAGAGGGAGAGGUUGCAAUUUCAAACAAGGGUGGCAACGACAAGAGGAAGGUGUUCAAAUUCGACAAGAUCUUUGAUUGGUCUAGCCAGCAGGACCAAGUCUACUGUGAAACACAGCCCCUCAUCAGAUCCGUUUUGGAUGGAUACAAUGUGUGCAUCUUUGCCUAUGGGCAAACGGGUUCUGGAAAGACCCACACCAUGAGCGGUACAGACGUGCAGCACUACAAGGGCCGUGGCAUCAACUACAGGUCGCUGGACGACUUGUUCCAGAUCAAGAGGGAUCGGGCAGAUGAGGUGACCUAUGACAUCCGCGUCCAAAUGCUUGAGAUCUACAAUGAGGUACUGCGGGACUUGCUGACUACCGACCCGACCAAGAAGAACCGGCUGGACAUCAUGUCCACGGAGAAGAGUGGAGAGAAUGUGCCAGAGGCGACGCAGAUGAGGGUGGACUGCACAGAUGAUGUGCUGAGGUUCAUGGACAUUGGCGCAAAGAACAGGGCGGUUGGAUCCACGAAAAUGAACCAGAGAAGCAGCAGAUCGCAUAGCGUCCUAACCGUCGUUGUUGAUGGAGACAACACAGUGACUGGGGUGAAAUCACACGGCUGCCUCCACCUUGUGGAUUUGGCUGGCAGUGAGAGACUGUCAAGGAGCGAGGCGACUGGUGAUCGGCUGGAGGAGGCCAAGCACAUCAACAAGAGCUUGAGUGCUCUGGGAGAUGUCAUGUCUGCAUUGGCACAGAAGUCGAACCAUGUCCCAUACAGGAACAGCAAGCUCACGCAGCUCCUUCAAGACAGCCUGUCAGGGCAGGCCAAGGCAAUGAUGUUCAUGCACAUUGCUCCCGAAAGCUCCUCACGCGGAGAGACCCUCAGCACACUGAUGUUCGGAGCACGUGUAUCUCAGAUCACACUUGGCCAGGCGAAGAAGAACACACAGAGCUCGAAGAUAUACGAAGCUCGAGAGGCGAUGGACAAACUCAAUAGCAAGGCAGAGAAGAAACAGGAGAGAAUUGAAGAACUUGAGAAGGUGGUAGAAACAGAGCGGGCCGUGGCGAGGUCGGCGAUGAGCGAGAAGGAGGCCCUUGAGAGGCAGCUGGCUGAGCUUCGGGCCGAGUUGGAUCACACAAAGAGGGCGAUGCAGAACGGCAGUGGGUCAUCAGUGACAUCUGGCGGCCUUAAGAGUGCCAGGAGGAGGGCCUCUGACAGCCAUGAUGCUGAGCCACCGACUCCUGGACGCAGGCUGAGUCGGACACGUAGUGGGUUUGGGUCUUCCGAAACCCCUGGGCGUACAAGCUCAAGGCCUGCAAAGGACGUUGUUAAGCCCUUACCUUCCUUGAGCCAACGGAGCAAUUCGUCCAGGGACUCCGGCCCAGCAUCGGCACGCCACAGGCGCAGUACUUCAGCUGUCGCUGGUCGCACGCCGCGAACCACGCCACGAACCACACCGCGAAGCACCCCUCGGAACACACCCUUCACCCCAAGGAAUACGCCUUUUGUGCCCUCAACGGGAGACAAGUCUGCACGGCGCACUGGGAUGGACAGUUCCAGGGAAAAUUCUUUCACAUCAGGGAAGUCCAGGCUGGAGUCUAGUGGUAGCAUGCUGAGGAGGGCACAGGCAGAGAAGGUUCGAACUCCAGCAAGGGCUGUGACACAAAGGGAGAACACGAAGCCAAGGGCCAGCGGGACGACAAACCCCCGGAGGGCAACAGCGACCCUCAGACGUGACACUUCCAGUAUGUCCAGUGCAUCCAGCAAGAGCUUGACCCGUGGCAGCAGCGGCGGCUGGCGUGAACGUGGAGGAUGA